CUUUUUGGCGUGGCCCAAAAGUCUGAGGCCCCUUUCGCAUAAGACUAUUCUGGUCUAGCUUUGGUUGAUCCUUCUGUCUCGUUUGAGGAAAGGAAGCAUCAGGUUUCUAUUUUACGAUCUCUUCCUCCCCCAGGUCUGCUCUGUUGAUUGACUUACCCAGUUGUUCCUGCGUGGUCCCUUCUUCUAGGAGGGUGAUCCUCUCCAGGACCGCCCAGAACAUCACACCCAGCGAGAAGAUGUCCGCCUGGGCCGUGUAGGUCAGUCCGCCCCACACCUCGGGGGCCAUGUAGAAGUCGGAGCCACAGGUGGACGAGAAGUGCUGCCUGGUCAAACCCCCGUCCCCCAGACCUCCCCUCAUCUUGCUCAGACCAAAGUCGGCCACCUAGAGACUGGAGUCAGAUCCCGUUGGGUUUGCCCCCCCCAGAUUUUGCCACUGUUGAACCCCCCCCCCCCACCCCCCUCCCCGCCCGCCCCCGACACCAGUUUUCUACCUGUUGGGCUCCUGCUUGUCCCUGCCUGUCUGGGUGUGCUGAGCGAUGAAGAUCCCUGUGUGGUGCCUGCUGGUGCUGCUGGCGUGUCUCUUCACCCCUGGACGCAGCGACUGCCAGGGGCAGUGUGCGGCCUGCGGCCUGCUCCUGCAGCAGCAGCAGCAGCUGCAGCAAGCCUUCAACACCAUGGUGUGUUUGUUGGAGUGCGAGGGCCGAGUCUCCGCCUCGCUCACAUGGGAGGUGUGUGAACGUGCCGUCAAACUGUCGCACCAUCCGCUGUUCCCUGAGGGCGCUCUGCUCAAGAGGGCCGGAGAGGGGCUGGAGUUGACCUCCCUCGACCUGAACUCGGACAGUGAACUGCUGCGGCCUGCGGCAGCGGGGCACUUCGAGGAGGGCGAUGGGGACCAGAUGCCCCUCGAGCAGCGCAGUGUCCGCUAUGACUCCUCACUGCUGGAAUCCUCUGAGGAGGCGGGGGGCCUGCGGGGGCUGAACCUCAAUCUGGUGGACGAAGAGAUGAAGCCGAGGGAGGAGAGGAACGUGGAGACGGACAGCCAGCUGGAGGGGGACGAGGAUGACAGCUCAGAGGCUGUCACCUUGUCCAAACGCUUCGGCGGCUUUCAGAGAGGGCGCCAUGGGUACAGGAAGCUCAUCGGCUCGCCCAUGAGGCCCCUACAAAAGCGCUACGGUGGGUUCAUAGGCGUGCGGAAGUCUGCCCGCAAGUGGAACAGUCAGAAACGGGUGAACCAGCUGCUCAGACAGUACCUGGGCAUGAGGAGCAGCCGCAGCGGCCGGUUCAACAGCGUCCCCGUAACUCGGGUCUGGAGGCAAAACAAACUGUGAUACGUUUGCCGUCGCUCUCACGGAAUCCCGCCCCCAGUUACCUCAGCCGAUCAAUCAUGUUUUCAGCAGCCCACGGCAGUUUGCACUGGGACACCGUCGCCAUCGUCGUCGUCGUCGUCGUCAUCGGAAGAACAGACUUCGCCGUCUCACCGCACCUCUCUUUGUGUCUCUAAGUAACGAGGAAUGUUUUGACCGUGAUGUCCUUCUUUAUUGAGCAUAUUUACAUGCCAUUCUGUGAAAUAAAAGAAUUAGAGAAGUGCAAUUGAAUAUAUUUUUGUGUGUGUUGGUAUAAUAAUGCGGGCCCGAAUGAGAUUGGAAAUCCGGUUCACAGCGAGGCUGUUCAGGUCUAAAGGGUGUGACGUGGAGAAUCAUGUUGAAUGCACUUUCAUGCACGUGUGGAUGGGACUAUAAAUAUGGUCAUUUCUUUUUGCACUCUGUAGUUGUGAGAGCUAUACUGUAACUGAUGUCCUGCCCUCGUGACUACUGGACUGACAAAGGUUUCCCCUUUGUAAAACCACACUUUUAGAAUCUGGGACUAAACAAAUUAAUGUUGAGCAGAAGCAAACAGUAGACGCAAAUUGGAGGUGGAGCAGCACUGUGCUUUCCACAUUCAGUCAGACGUAAAAUAUGGUCAGACAGUGGGAUUGUUGAAGAUCGUCGUAAUUACUAAUUUAUAGAGUCCCCUCUCCUGCUUAAGGAAUGUAAUUAGUUGCACACAAUGGAUAUGAAAUUGGCUGUCUGAACUUUACAAACUAACCAAAACGCAGCAUCUCCUCAAAAGGAAAAAAAAAAGCCUUGUUGCUAUUUCUUCAUUAUGAGGAUGGACAAAACAUUUCUUUCUCCUGUCUAAUGUACUCUGAUUUUGACCAUUAAGUGCAAAAUGAUGAGCUUCUCUUGAGAAAAAUGAGCAGUAGGUUUCGCAGGCUCCUCUGUGGGACAAUACUGCCCUCUAGUGUCCGAGAAGCAAACAUGUUGCCCUCGGAACAACUGAUGUCAUGUCCUCAGUGAUUUUUAAUACAACUCCCAGGAUUGACUCCACUUUCCUGCAUUAGACAUUAGGAUAAAUCAUACAUUAAAAAAAAUAUGGCUAAUUUCUGGCUGACACUUACCUGUUGAUCGCAGUCAAACAAAAUGUACUGGUGGCUUCUGUGUGACACUUCAUAAUUGUACAAAAAUUAUUCAGGUGGGAAGGGGGGACUGAACCUUGUUUAACAUAAAAAAGAAGAAAUACCCCAGUGUUAUUAAUACUUUUUGAACCCUCCUUUUAAAGAAAGAGCGACACUUGAAAAUUAAGAAAAUAUAUUUAGCUGCACUAAGCUAAAUUUAAAGUGGAAACAGCGGUUAGAGCGUUUUUAUCUUUUGCAAAGUGACGUGAAACUGAAUAUAAAGGCAGCGUUUCGUUUCUGCUCGUUCAUUUGAAUUCUUUUAGAUGUGAUGCCAAACCUUUCUGACAAACGGAUAAAGGCCAUUGCUGUCCCUGAGUAAAAAGAGCUGGGCACAGACAGCGGGCAGACAUAGAUCAUAGAAUAAAAUAAUACAGAAAAAAACCCCUCCCCCAAAUUGUCACACAGUCCCUAACUCACCCUGUAAUCAUGGAAAUGAGGAAGAAAUAAUUCACCGUGUUGCCAGGCGGAACUCAGGAGUGACAAAAAAGAAAACUAAUCCCGAGUCCGGCCUCAGACAUUACUCCACCUGGGGCUGCAUGACCACCACCAUCGUAACGUGCCAUUUAACAACAGGAAUAGGAAUAGGAUGAACUGUGCAUGUCAACCAUUGUUAUACAGGAAAGGAUUUUGCUUUGCUGCUUGGGUGAAAAGAAAAUACGGUAAUAUUUGUUCUGCCAUCAAGAUAGUUUUCCUCCACAAGCAGGUCACGUUCAUUCUUUUGCAUCGUAAUAGUGUUUGAUUAAGAGAUGUAAUAAUGUACGCAUAUGAGUGUGUGGGUGAUUGCAGAGAUUGUGUGUGUGUGUGUGUGUGUGUGUGUACGCACACGUGUGUGACUGUGCACGUGCAUGUGUGUGCUCGUAGGGUUCUCUGUCAAACUCAACACACAAAAAAAACCUGACUUUGUGAAUACAGUGUACAUUUCAGAGCACAUUUCUAUUACAUCAUGCCAUUGUUGAGUCUUCAUACGAAAAUGUGUAUAGAGAAAACUACAAUAAAAUAGUUUGCUAUUUC